UAGAAAACAAAGGUUUAGAACUUUCAUUUGUAUGAAGCUACUAAAUAUUUUCCUAAUGUUUACCAGGCUGUAACCUAUUAAUUACAUGCACUCUCGACAUUUACUUACGUAAAGAAGCAGAAAAUUGUAUUUGUUGAGUGUUCGUUCGUUCGUUCGUUCGGAGGCGGAGUAUGGAAGGCCAAUGAGGGACAUUAUUAAUUCACAAAACGUGCACAAUCUCUCUCUCUUGUCCUUCCUCCUAACGUUAGAUCUACUCCUAGAUCCUCAUCUCCCCUCAAGUAAGAGAUCGUCGUCACUGUAUUGUAAGUCUGCCAAAGUUCCAUAAAUGGAUUCUACAGGUCGGGCCCGGCCCUUAACUGUUACAUAGAUUUUGACGGGCUGUAACUUGUGACAUUAUUGUGUGAGUAGGAGUAGGAUAAUGCAGCUGGCCAGCUGUGUAGUUUGGCACUAGGUAGUUGCUGAUGGGUCCAGGAGGGAGAGCACCGACGCGACUCCAAGAACAGCGCAGGGACAGACUCGAAAGUAGGCCUAUUGACUAUUGUGCAAACUGUUUUGUGUUUAGGUUAUGCAACAAGGUGCUCAACAUCCUCUCGCUCUUCCCGACAAAGACGGCACGCGGCAGCAUGCAGCAAUCAUCAGCAUCAGAUCAGCUGCCUUCCUGAUCCUGACAAGAUAAGCCUGACUUGGGUCAGGAAGACUUUUGCAGGAGAUCUAUCAUCUGGGCUUCAAUGGUGAUAGCUGACAAACUGCAGGACUAUAUUCCUUGCGUAAAAAAUAUUGACACCAGAUCGAGAUGAUACAAGAUCGGGAAUUUGAACGGGAGAUGACUUUGAUGAAUUGAAGUCAACAAUAUUGCUCAUUGCCGAUAGAUAGACUCGAUCUGCAUGUCAUGAUGUGGGACUUGAAGCUGAGAGCUACAAUGUACUUUGUACUUGUAAGAUGUAAUCUAGGCCUAGAUCUAGGUCUAGAUCAAGAGAGCUAGCUGAGCACAAAACAUGGAUAGCUGUAGCGCUGGUAUCAUCGACCAGCCUGUCAACCAGCGGCAAUGUGCAAUUUGUUCAGUGUACUUUGUUAAAAAUAGAAAAGGUUUUAGAAGAAAACAGAUUAUUAAAAUAACAAGUCCUAGAACUAUAAGUAAAGUUUUUCACAGAGAAGACAUCGAUCCGUACAGCUACAUUUGCGAUGUAUGCAAAUAUAAGUUGAUUAAACAUACUGUUAGAAACAAAAGAGCCCCCACAAAGACGAACAGGAAUAAACGGACGUAUCGUUCGCCUCCAACAACACCGCCUCCCAAACGCAAGCGAGAAGAUGCAGAGUCAGAGACAAGCAGAGAGCUGGUCAGAGAACCUCAGGAUCAAGAUGAGCACCAUGUUGGAGAGGAUGAGCCUGAAACGUCAGGAGACUCUCCUAUUGACCCCCAGGAAAAGAUUAAAACAUACCUUGACAAAAAACAAUACCUGAGAGCAUUCCGUGCUCUUUACAAAUUAUCAGAAGAUGCCAAAAUAGCCUUGGUGGAGGCUACUUGUGAAAUUCUUAAGAGCGAGUUGAGAGAGGCCAAGAGAAUACCUUCGUUUUCACAGGAGGUAUCUUCAGAGGCAAUUAAGGCAUUCUCAUGGGCCCAAGCAUGUAAAGAAGCAAAAGAUGCUGUUCCAGCAACUGUCCGCUGUAUCGAGACUAUGAUGCCUUCGCUGAAGGCGACAAUGCGCCAUGAAUACAUUUGCAUAGGGGCAGGCCGAAGUAACAGAACUAAAAGGAAUCUAGACCAUGAUGAAGCCGUCUCUCUCAGAUGCCGAAAAGUGGGACACUUGCUUUCCACGAUUCUCCACCAAAGGUCAAGACUUAAAUACUCAUUUGUGCAAGGUUGUGUUGGAAUAGAGUUAUGGAGACAGAGAGUCAGUCGCAACGUCUUUCUUACACUAAACCACAUGGGUAUCACCCAAGGCAUCCAAGCGUCCAAAUGCAAAGUGGAGGAAAUCAGUAAAUCCCAUGACAAGCAACUGUGGGAAUGGAAACGCACGGCGGAAGAGAGGAGGAUCGAAGCAAGAAGGAGGCUGAACUACCACGUCCGUCCAAAUUAUAGUUUCUGUUGUGAUAACAUACAAGUAUGUAAAGUUGUAAGUAAGCAAGGGAAAUACCAGAGGAAUGGACAGACAAACACAACCUUGCUUCAAACAAUGAGUUUCGCUGUCAAGGACAGGAUUACAACAGGCAGUACAAAGAACCAAGUACCUGCAUCGCAGCUGGACCCAUACACCUUCCUCCCAUCCCCGGAAGUCCUGGAAAGGCAGCGAGAGAGGGCCACAUUCAUUGUUCGCAGGAUACUUCUAGAAUACAUUCCUGAACUUCAAUAUCUCAAAGACAAAGUGCCCCAAAGGCUCCUCCACAAGCACACCAAAGAUAUGCAGGCAAAAUCUGAAUGUGUGACACUAGGUGUUGUGGAUGCAGAUCCAAGCACAACUCAAGGGAUGAUCCGAGUGAUGGAGAAUCUGCAGCAGUAUGUCCCUGUGGUGGAAGGGAAACCUGUGCCAUGUCUUCUCAAUGGUGAUAGCCUGACAAUAGAGAGGAUCCUGAAUGCUCAAAGAGCAAGGAGCAAUGGAGAGGAGUGGGACGAUCGUUUGGAAGGAUUCCAUGCAUGUCCUCAAGAAUUCCAUAAAGAAAGGCUUCACUUGCAGGACUCCAACAAAAAGUUCUACAUUGGUGCGAGCCUGACAGAAAGAGGAACCAUAGCCCAGCUAAAGAACAAUUUCAACCAUAAGAGCUUCUCUAGUGAUAUCAUCAGGUCUUCCCAACAUGACUUUGUAUUGGAGCUGUACCAGUUCUCAACAGAAGGUCAUGUUCUGCUCUGCGCUAUGAAAUUAUGUGGUAUGAAGAAGCUGGAUGACAUCCCAGAAGGUCUUCCAACUAACUACAGAAAGCUUAAUGAACAAAUAAGUUGGAUUGACCAACUGUCACACCAAGUCGUGGACUUCUGUUGGACUAGUCCUGACCAAGCAGAUGUCCAUGUAGCUGCAGAAGCAUUCUCUGAGGCUGCCAAUGAUCUACCAGAGUCGGCCCUUUAUAACUGUGUUUGCCACUCAGAAAACACUGGUAACAUGUUAAAGUGCUGCAGCAGAACAUGCAAGCAUUCAUGGUUCCAUCUUGACUGUGUUGGACUUACACAAGCUCCUGAUCCUGACACGGACUGGUUCUGCAGCCCAGAAUGUGCACGAAGUGAUUACUACAUCUACUGCAUCUGCCACAGGAAGCAUGGCCUGUUAAGGGAGAAUGAAAUGAUCCAGUGUCAUCUAGCAGACAGAUGCAAGAGAUACGAGUGGUAUCACAGAAGCUGCCUAGGAAUCAAACAAGAUGAGACUCUGCAAGAACCAUGGUAUUGUGGAGAAACUUGUACACUAGGGGCAGAGAAUGAUGAUCCUGUUCUCAACCAUACCAAGGCUCUAAUGUACGAGGGUCUUUGUCAUCUUGUAAGACGUGAAGCGGUCCGUGAGGGAGAUGGACCUGCCAUGAUCGAUGAUUGGAAAGCAGACAUGCUUCAUUUCCAUGAGAAAAGCCAUCUAAAGUACUUGAUCAAUGGCCACUACUUACUUGCAUGUGUAGGAGGUUUUGCAGACCCUCAACUUCAGAUCAGCUACAUGUGGAAUCGAGUAGCAAACGCAACAGGGAAGCCUGGUGGGAAUAUCGGCCUUGAUCAGACAAAUGACUAUGUGAGCUUGGAUUACAAAGAAAUGUUGGAGACUGCCGGAGGUAGAUUUACUGAAGACCAGAUGAAAAUGUGUGCAAAGAUGAGUGGCCAAUUUGAGAGUUCAUUGGAUGCCAUGCUCACUAAUGCGAACGUUCAUAUGGGAGUGAAGCAUCAGAAGGAAAGACGGAAUGGAUAUGAAGAUGAAAUCGUCCGUUUUGUUGAAGAAUAUGAGCAAGAUGCACUCUUUGACUACAUUCCAGGCAGGGAGCAUCCAGCUCAUCAACAAUUUGAACAUCGUAGCAAAGUACAUUACCCUAAAAGACUUGGACAGAAAUUGAAGCAACUCUCUAACAAUUUGGAUUUGGGACAUGUAGAAUUAGAAUAAGAUGUCUUGUAAUGACAAUUCCAAUUAAAAUUUGGGUCUGCACAAAUGCAUUGGCAAGGUUUAAUGGACAAACAUAUAUAUUACCAUAAAGAUAUUUGACAUGAAUGGUUUGAACGCCAUAUUAUUUAUUGGAGCCCUGACAAAACUGAAAGUUUGAGGAAGGCCAUGAUGCAAAGUGAAGUAGUUAUUAAUAGAGGCACAUUAAUGAACUGUUUACUUAAGAAUUCUUUCAAAUAUCUUCAACGUGUAGUAGCUCUGUCAAAAGUCAGCUUAAUUGUACACAUAUUGCACAGACAUUUGAAGUACUUCUACAUUGUUGUUGAUGGCUUAUUUUGUUUUCUUAUCACAAACAAAACAACAAUACAAUAGUCUGCAUUAUCCGAGCAAGAUUUUAGGGAAUCUUUACUCAUUCCUGUAACAAAAGAGGUUAUCAAGCACACCUCUUCUUGAAUAAGCAAAGCUGUCCUGGGGGGUGUUUCACAAAGACUAAGAUCGACUUUGAGUUGGACUUAACUAUGGCAGGCCGCUCAUGCCACUGGUGGCUCUCACAAUUGGUCUCUCAAUUAUGAUCUGUAGAUAAUAUUUGUUCCUUCAAUAAGGAACUAU